UCUUCCAGAGCGCGGUCGCAAUCGCCCUCCGGCGCCGCGAUUCCAUGAUUCGUGGCUUGUGUAGAUCGCGGCAGCUGCGGAGAUUGAGGUGCCAAGCGAGGGGCAUGGCGGCCGCGACGCCUGUUGAAGUGAAAUCGCCAGUGCAGCCUGUGCGAGUCCUUUUCUGCGGCCCCGAAUCGGUGUUCCCUGAUGGAUUCCGGUGGACGAAGAGGUAUUUGGAGCCGCACAGCCAGAUCGAGGUCGACGCUGUUCCUUGCCAAGAAAUUCCAAAGGUUUUCCACGAAUACGACAUGUGCGUGGCGAGAAUGGUGAAAGUGGACUCGAGCUUGAUCUCUCUCGCCAAGAGAAUGCAGCUUAUCUGCCAGUUUGGUGUUGGCCUGGAAGGUGUGGACGUUGAAGCUGCGACUAAAGCUGGGAUCAAAGUAGGAAGAAUUGCCAGUGAUGCCACUGGAAACGCUCUUUCGUGUGCUGAGCACGCCAUUUAUUUGAUGCUGGCUCUUCUUCGUGACCAGAAAGGGAUGGACAAGUCUGUGAGCGAGAAAUGCCUGGGAUUUCCUACGGGUGAUACUUUGUUUGGAAAAACGGUUUUUAUUGUUGGCUAUGGAAAUAUUGGCAAGGAGCUCGCGAUCCGCUUGAGAGCUUUUGGAGUCAGAGUUCUUGCGACUAAACGUUCGUGGUCCAAGAAGAAUAGUUCUCUUCAUCCGGAAGACAAUCCUCUUCUAGCAGAUGGCCUGAUAACUCGUAAAUCUCACCAGUUGUUUCAGUACCUCAAGGAGAACGAAGAUUUGCUGGUGGAUGAAAAGGGCAGCGGGGACUCUUUAUACGACUUUGCAAGCCGAGCUGAUAUCAUCGUUCUGUGCUGCCUCCUUACUCCUGAAACGGCUGGAAUGGUGAACGAAAAGUUCGUAAACUCCAUGAAGAAGGGAGCGCUUGUUGUCAAUGUUGCCAGAGGUGGGCUUUUGGACUACAAAUCCGUGAGAGAUGGCCUUGAGACGGGGCAUCUGGGAGGACUGGGUUUGGACGUUGCUUGGCACGAGCCAUACGAUCCUCAAGACCCGAUUUUGCAGCACCCCAAGGUCAUUCUCACUCCCCACGUCGCUGGAGUGACACAACUCUCGUACGCAAAGAUGGCCCAGGUGAUCGCAGACUGCGCCGUGGAACUCUCACACGGACGCGGUGUGUCGGGUCUUCUCGAGCUAGUCAAUUAAGUUGACUCAAAAGCUCCGAUUAGUCAAACGCGCUAGUCAUCGACAUCAAUUCGAUGACGUCACAAGAAUGUGUUGACUUAUUCAACGGUGGUCAAGCUAGCAUCGACCAAUGACCCCACGCGCAAAAUCUAUAGUGCGUUGGAAAUUUUCGUUACCCACUCAACCUUUGGUAGACAAGUGCACAUUAUAAGCAUAAUUGGAUUUUUCGCAUCAAACAAACACUAGAGUGGUGUCUGGGCUGGACUGAGAAAACGAUUGAUCCUCUCAUCCACAAAAAUCAUUUAUAUACUCCACCAUUGUCUUA